AUGACUGCCCCCCGCUCGGCUUCCAUGCGUGCCCUCCGCCUGCUCUCCCAGCAGCACACAGUAUCUCCCUCCCUCCGUCGCGGUCUUCACAUUACUGGCGCCCAGUCUGCGCAACCUGCCAAUAUCACAGACCGUACAACCCUGUACUCCGCUCGCACUAUCGCAGACCUCAAGAGCGAAUGUCAGAAGCGUUCCCUGAGGGCCACAGGAACACAUGAUGAGCUCGUCGAACGUCUCUCCAACCAUGAUUUCCUACAGUCUCGCGCCUUUAGCAUUGCUAUGAAGAGGAUCAACAGCAGCUCCCUAGCAGAUGCUCCCACUCGCUCAUUCAACACCUCCCGCUCCCUCAAAGCCGUCAACGACACUUCCACCGUCGACUUUGCCUAUAUGCCCUCAAUCUCGGAGAGCAGUGUUACAACCGACGUCCCCGUCCCGAUCCUUUCCGAAAUCUACAACCAGUACGACCCCACAAACCCCUCCAGCGCCCCCAUGAAGCCACAAGUUUACACCGUUGCCGGCGAUGGUGCAGACGUCUCGGCUAGUCCCAUGUCCGAGGUCGUUGACAAUGACUCCGUCGAAAUCGACCCGUUCUCCCUGACGGAAGCAGUCGGGAAGUCAAGAUACGCUGCCGCGCAGAAGCAACAGAACGGAUCUGAAACUGGACCCGGUGUCGUGAAAGAGCUCUGGAGUGGGUUGUUGGACGAUAUUUUAGGACCCAAACAGUCUAGUCCCUUGAGAAAGUGA